CAGACUCUACUUAGUGCGUUGGAGAGAGCACUGAGGCUCACACUAUCAGCGCAGCUUCUCAAUGGGGGGACGCAGCCAAGAGCAGACAGAGCAGUCAUUCCACUGGAGCCUUCCGCUGCACGCGUGAGAGAGAGAGAGAGAGAGAGAGAGAGACGAUCAGUGAGGGGGGUAAAUUAGCUCCCCUGUCAUCACAACAGAGGAGUUCUACAGACGGGAGCAGAGACACACAGACUUGAGGGAGGAGAGGAGGAGAGAUCUGCACGUAUGUGGCUGGUACAGCAGUGACAUGAUCAGCCUCCCAUCCUGACCAUCCUGACCAGUGUGUGACACAGACCCCUGACUGUUUGUGUUGCCGAGGAUUUCCAAAAGCAACUGGGCUGCAGAAGGGAAUAUUGAGGAAAAAAAGAACAGCACUGAAGCUCCUUUUUUUUUUUUUGGUGCCUGUGUUAUGAGGACUGGAAUUUCAGCGGGAAUCCCUGUGGCUCCAAACUAUGGAUGGAUUUAAGACAGAAGAGUGAGUCUGCUGGGCAGGCAGGCGCUUACUGUGACUGAGCCCCUUUCCUCCUGGACGCACUGCUCAGAAUCGGCCAUACCAUGUCCUGGUUGUUGGUCAUGUGGAUUAGCCUCGGCUUCCUGUUGCUGUGCCACGCCACACUCUACCAGACCAUCCAGCAGCACCACGUGGCCCGGCCCGGGCGCACAGAAAUCCUCACCCUGGAGGGAGGCACGUGCGAGGUGAUCGCCGCCCACCGAUGCUGUAACAAGAAUCGUAUCGAGGAGCGUUCUCAGACAGUCAAAUGCUCCUGUUUACCGGGGAAAGUGGCCGGGACGACACGCAACAAGCCCUCCUGUGUGGAUGCGUCCAUUGUAAUUGGGAAAUGGUGGUGUGAGAUGGAACCGUGUCUGGAUGGAGAAGAGUGCAAGACUCUGCCUGACAACUCUGGAUGGAUGUGCUCCUCUGGGAAUAAAAUCAAGACCACGAGGAACACCCAGCCAUACUCCCCUUUUUAGCUUCUGGAAGCAAAAUGCAGAUGAUGCGUCCACGGAAAUUGAGCUGCAUUCUAGCUUCUGUAAAGAUUCAUCCCAGGACCUAACGGAGAGCUCCUACUGCAGGUCUGCGUGCCAGGCUCUUCCCCUCACCUACCCCCCUUUUCUCUUCCCAUCGAACGCACUGAAACUAUUACAUCCACUGCUACUGACUGGAUUACCUGGGACCACAAAAAGGAUAUCCACCCAGAUAAACAGCUUUGCUCGUGUGGUGCCAAGGAUUUGAAACCAGACUAAUCCCCUGUUUGAUCAAUGAGCCCCAUGUUGGUGACUCUCCUCUUCCGCACAGCUGUGGCCAGUUUCCGACAUGCUCCUGCUCUCUGUUCCCAACGCACUCUGUCUCGCCCUCGAAAACUGAGGCAGCUUAGCGGGGGUUAUUUAGAGGUUGUUAAAACAUUAUUUGAAGACAUUUGCGCAGCCUGCCUGAAGGUAGAUGGAUUGAGGGGCUUACAUGGACCCGAACAUGGGAAUCCGCAGAACUGUAGGAGAGAAAUUACCCUGAUAUCCUUUUCUCUCUGCGAGGCCGGUGUUUGUAUUGGACUCACCGCCUCAGCAGGAUGGCUUUGCCGUGAGGACACAGAGGACAGUCAUGUACUGGAUUUCCCGUGAACAUGGCCACUAGCAGCCUAUGACGGGUUGAGGAGGAAUCUUUCGGGGGGGCCUGAGCUUCCCUCAUGGCCUCACCUUCAAACUCCUUGAUGGACAUUUGACGUUGAUCAGUGGGCAUGCCCAGUGUAAAUUAAUGAGCACCUCUUUUCUUUGUAUGUAAGAUCAUUUGUGUACAUAUACAUAUAUAAAUACAUUACAUAUUAGAUGACAGAUCCAAGAAGCUGAAGACUAUUAAGAGCUCCGGGUGUUGAUCAGACCCUGAAUAUAUUCUACCGAGGCUCUUGUCCGAAUACAGUGUUGUGUGUAUGCUUGCAUUGGAAACAGCCCCAUUGGAAUCCUGAAAAUAAGUAUUGGUCACUUUUGUCAUUCAGCAACACUGUUGGUGAAGCCCGAAAAUGCUUGUAGUAUCUUUAAAGACGAGGAAAACACUGUAUAGAACUGCCUCAAUAAAGAAAGCAGCCCCGACGACAACAGCCCCUGAGCUUUCCACUCAGAUCCAGCAGGGACAUAGAACAGCAUCAGAAGAUCUGGGACCGUAAUCGGACAGUUAGCACCAGUGUAGCCCGUGGAGAGCGGUCGCGGACGGCGGCUUUAUUGUGUUUGUCGUGUAGAUCUCGCUCUCCCACACCAGAGAGAAAUGAUUUAUUCCAAAUGACAGAGAGAAAGUAUUAGUCACAAUGGAGAAACAUGCAGUUAUCCCCCAGUAGAUAUAAGUACAUUACAGGACAGCCUUAUGA